AUGAACCAAGAAAACAAGAUUUUGGUGAAGCAGUCACCCAUGUUGGUCGUGUACAACAAUGAGGUCAACCUCAGCUGCAAGUACACCUACAACCUCUUCUCAAAGGAGUUUCGGGCAUCCCUGUAUAAGGGAGUGGACAGUGCUAUGGAAGUCUGUGUGGUGAAUGGGAAUUUCUCCCAUAAGCUUCAGUUUCACUCACAUAUGGAGUUCAACUGUGAUGGGACUUUGGAUAAUGAAACAGUGACAUUCUAUCUCCAGAAUCUGCGCGUUGACCAGACAGAUAUUUACUUCUGCAAAAUUGAGGUCAUGUAUCCUCCUCCUUACCUAGACAAUGAGAAAAGUAAUGGGACCAUUAUCCACGUGAAAGAUCCUGUUUACCAACUUCCUCAGCUCUGGGCAUUUCCUCAGUUCUGGACAUUGCUGGUGGUUGGCGGAGUCCUGGGUUUCUACAGCUUGCUAAUGACUGUGGCCUUCACUGCUCUCUGGAUGAAGAGCAAGAGGAACAGGCUCCUUCAAAGUGACUACAUGAACAUGACCCCACGGAGGCUCGGGCCCACCCGGAAGCAUUACCAGCCCUAUGCUCCAGCGAGAGACUUUGCGUCCUACCGCCCAUGA